AUGUGGAAGAACGUCACCGUCAGCUACGACUACCAGGGCCAACAGGUCACCGAGGAACUCUACCUAACGAUCGACCUGGACGGCAACCAGAUCGUCAUAUUGCCCACCGCUGGCGUCCUGCUUGCAUCCCAGCCGUGCCAGAGCUGCGACCACGCAAGACUGCGCAGUGACGCCAUCGCCGAGUUCCUGAGCCAUGGCAGGAGAGUUGCUGCUUGA